AUGAAAGAAAAAGUUUAAUGAAACAAUGGUAGCGCGUGUCCGUGUGUACAUGUAUAAAAACAGCGUCAAUUGAUCCGUACAUCAAAUAAUGUAUGUAUGUUACGUCUGUUGAUACGUAACACUGUGUCGCGCUUUUAACCGUGAAUGUCGCAAGUUUAACGAACAGUCGUCGAAUAAUAAUGAAUCCGGUCGCAUCAUUUUCGAUUUACUUACAUUUUCGUCAGAUGUCGAUCGUUCAAUGAAUUAGGAAAAUUUAAUUUUCAUUCAAAUGACAAUACUCGUCGUGGGACGAAAACGUGGGAUACGAUAAAGCAUCAAAUAUCAGAUGUACUAUUCUGUUGUUUGACAAUGAACGACAAAAGAAAACCGAUAAUAUUCGCGAGUGAUAUUCGCGAUUGAUCGAAAGAACAGAGUCAUAUGUUUACAGAAUGAAAAUCGAAUCGACAGGAAUAUAGCCUAAUCCGUAGAAGAAGGUAAGAAAAGGAAAAAUUCUCAGAAAGGUAAAGUUGGGGAUAAAAAUUUAAGCGAUGAGAUGGCUCCUAAACUGAAACGAAAAACAAGGAACAAAUUAAUCCGUAAAGACAACAACAACAAAUUAUCCAUGCAAAAUGUCAAACGAGAAAAAUUGUUCCACGAACUGAAGUUCAGCGCUUUGAAUACGGAACGCAAUCAACGUUUUUGGAGAGAAACGCUUAUACGCGUAAAAAUGCCGGAUGUCUGGAGAAAGAUCGAUGUAACUUGGCAGACUUUGGAACAUGCCAUUGACUUCAAGGACUACAGCAUCAGUUUAUUAUUGGAUAGUCUGCAAGAAGCUCAAAAUCAACAUCGGACAAUAAACGGCGCUCAUGUAGAAUUAAUCGAUAAAUCAUUGGAGGCACACGAAACUCGACUAGCAGACGUCAAUACGCUCUUUUAUGGAAAUGUUAAAACAGUGUUGGCUGAUAAAAUUUCUCAAUUUGAAAAUAUUAAUUAUUAUCGAAAUAAAAAAGAAAUUGCUUUGCGAAAAAUUAACUUGCUCGUAAGUCAUCGAGGUGAAAAUGCAUCAAAUAUCGCAAGAAGUACUGCGAUUAGUAAAAUCAACGCAUUUAUGGAGGAUGGUGACAACGAAAAAAGAAUAAUUAUAACGCAACUUCAAAAAAAAUUAGAGAAUUUAUGGACCGGUUUGCGCAACAUUUUUUCCGAUUAUCGUAAAAAUACGGAAGAUCGACGAAAAGAUUACGAGAUCAUCAAGAAAAAGGAUCAGAUUGAUCAACAAAUGAUAACUCGACAAUACAUGCGUAUCGCGAUUCUCUUUGAUAGGAUUAUGAAAUUUCGUAGUAAGAUUAAUUCUUACAAAAAAGAAUCGAUGAUUGAGCUACGAGAAAUUACAAGAGAAUCAAAUUUCUUCCACAAUAUUUAUCGAGAAACGAACGAACGUUUCAUUUUUGGUUGUAAAAAAGAUAAACAUAAAACAACGACAAUGUCCAAGGAAUAUAAUCGUGGUGUAAAACACAUGAGAGGUUUGUUGAUUAAAGCAGAACGUAUACUCGGUUAUAUGCAAAUCUGUCGAAAAUACGAGACACAGGAUGAAAAAAUACUUCCAAUGAUCGAUAAUCAUCCCAUGAGAUUAUCAAUAACCGAUGACAACGAUGUCCUUCCACUUCAAACAGUUACAACUCAGUUCACUCCUAUUCACAUACGCAUGAUAUAAUACAUUAUACGCAUUUUAGUUAUAACCAUUCUCACGGUAAUUUUUUUUUUUUUUUUUUUUUUAGGUUGUAAAAGACUUUCAACAUACCAUUAACUUUUGGCGUAGAAUAGGUUUCACGCAAAUAAUCACGACCGAACUACGUGGCGAAAAAAAUCAGUUAAUAAUACAAGCGAAUAAUUUGCGAAAAUUGGUGAAACGCUGUCUUAUCGAUGACACAGGUUCGACAUGCUUUGACACGUAUAUAUCGACAGAUUAUAACACAAGAUCUACUAAAAAUUGAUUUUUAUUAUCAUCAAGUACAACUGAGUUAUACACCAUCGAAAAUGACGUGACUAUAUUUGUUUUCAAUGGUACUUUACGCAUACAUGAAAUCUUAAAUCGAAAAAAGAAUCAAAAAUGCAAUAAUCGGAGGAUUUCGCAAUUUCUUAUGCAUUAUUGUAACAGGUAUAUCGCGUACUGAUAAACAUGAAAUGCAAGUUAUUUUGAACAAAUAAAAUUGUUCAUGGCAA